UUGUGUCGCUGAUUUUCAUCUAGACUGGACGUGACAAGUAUGAACCUGCAGCUACAUCUGAGAAUGGAGCCAAGAAGAAAAAAGGAAAGAAAGAAAGGGAUAUGGAUGAACUUAAAAAGGAAGUGUCAUUGGAUGAUCACAAACUCAGCCUUGAUGAACUUCAUCGGAAAUAUGGAACCGAUCUCAGCCGGGGACUGACUGUUGCACGGGCUGCAGAAAUCUUGGCUCGUGAUGGUCCCAAUGCUCUUACUCCCCCUCCCACGACCCCAGAAUGGGUUAAAUUCUGCCGGCAGCUCUUUGGAGGUUUCUCCCUUCUGCUUUGGAUUGGAGCUCUUCUUUGCUUUCUGGCCUUUGGUAUUCAAGCUGCAACAGGGGAAGAGCCUAAUAAUGACAAUUUGUAUCUAGGUGUUGUGCUGGCUGCUGUUGUUAUCAUAACUGGCUGUUUCUCUUACUACCAAGAAGCAAAGAGUUCAAAGAUCAUGGAAUCAUUCAAAAACAUGGUACCUCAGCAAGCUCUGGUAAUCCGAAAUGGGGAGAAGCUGAGCAUCAAUGCUGAAGGUGUAGUUGUUGGAGACUUAGUGGAGGUGAAGGGAGGAGAUAGAAUCCCAGCUGAUUUGAGAAUCAUUUCAGCCAAUGGAUGUAAGGUGGACAAUUCAUCUCUCACAGGUGAAUCAGAGCCUCAGACAAGGUCUCCGGAUUGUACAAAUGAUAACCCACUAGAGACUAGAAAUAUUGCAUUUUUCUCCACUAACUGUGUUGAAGGUACUGCCCGUGGUGUGGUCAUCAACACUGGUGAUCGAACUGUGAUGGGCCGGAUCGCUACGUUGGCUUCUGGGUUGGAAGGGGGACAGACUCCCAUUGCUGUGGAGAUUGAGCAUUUUAUCCACAUCAUUACUGGGGUGGCUGUGUUCCUUGGUGUUUCCUUUUUUAUCCUCUCAUUGAUCCUCGAAUACACUUGGCUAGAAGCUGUCAUCUUUCUUAUUGGCAUCAUUGUUGCCAAUGUCCCUGAGGGUCUGCUUGCUACAGUGACUGUAUGUCUGACACUCACAGCCAAGCGCAUGGCUCGUAAGAAUUGUCUUGUGAAGAAUUUAGAAGCUGUGGAGACUCUGGGCUCUACUUCUACAAUCUGUUCUGACAAAACAGGCACCCUGACCCAGAACCGCAUGACGGUUGCUCACAUGUGGUUCGAUAACCAGAUCCAUGAGGCUGACACAACAGAAAACCAGAGUGGUGCUUCUUUUGACAAAACAUCUCCAACAUGGACUGCUUUAGCCAAGAUCGCAGGACUAUGUAACCGGGCUGUAUUUCAGGCUAACCAAGAAAAUGUUCCCAUUCUGAAGAGAGCGGUGGCAGGAGAUGCUUCUGAAUCUGCACUCCUAAAAUGCAUUGAACUUUGCUGUGGAUCUGUCAAGGAACUGAGGGACAAGAACCCCAAAGUGGUGGAGAUUCCAUUCAACUCUACCAAUAAAUACCAACUGUCAAUCCACAAAAAUCCAAACGCGUCAGAAUCACGAUACCUGUUGGUGAUGAAAGGUGCACCAGAGAGAAUUCUGGACCGUUGCAGCUCCAUCCUGAUGCAUGGAAAAGAAGUUCCCUUGGAUGAGGAGACCAAAGAUGCAUUUCAAAAUGCCUACCUUGAACUGGGAGGCUUGGGGGAGAGAGUUCUGGGCUUUUGUCACCUGGCUUUGCCUGAUGAGCAGUUCCCUGAAGGCUUCCAGUUUGACACAGAUGAUGUGAACUUCCCUGUAGAGAAGUUAUGCUUUGUUGGCUUAAUUUCUAUGAUUGAUCCUCCUCGUGCUGCUGUGCCUGAUGCUGUUGGCAAAUGCAGAAGUGCUGGAAUAAAGGUCAUUAUGGUGACAGGAGACCAUCCCAUCACAGCUAAAGCUAUUGCUAAGGGUGUAGGCAUCAUCUCUGAAGGAAAUGAGACUGUGGAAGAUAUUGCUCUUCGCCUCAACAUCCCUGUCAGCCAGGUCAACUCCAGAGAUGCCAAAGCCUGUGUGAUUCAUGGGUCUGACUUGAAGGACAUGUCCAGUGAACAACUAGAUGAUAUUCUACAACACCAUACAGAAAUAGUCUUUGCUAGAACUUCUCCACAACAGAAGCUUAUUAUUGUAGAAGGCUGCCAACGGCAGGGUGCUAUUGUAGCUGUCACUGGAGAUGGUGUGAAUGAUUCCCCUGCUUUGAAAAAGGCAGACAUUGGUGUUGCUAUGGGCAUUGCUGGGUCAGACGUCUCUAAACAGGCAGCUGACAUGAUUCUGCUGGAUGACAACUUUGCUUCUAUUGUUACUGGAGUUGAAGAAGGUCGCUUGAUUUUUGAUAAUCUGAAGAAAUCAAUUGCCUAUACCUUGACCAGUAACAUCCCUGAGAUUACGCCUUUCCUUAUCUUCAUAAUUGCCAACAUCCCCCUACCGUUGGGGACAGUCACCAUCUUGUGCAUUGACUUGGGCACUGAUAUGGUUCCUGCAAUCUCUCUGGCAUAUGAGCAAGCAGAAAGUGACAUCAUGAAGAGACAGCCCAGAAAUCCCAAGACAGACAAACUGGUAAACGAAAGGCUGAUUAGCAUGGCUUAUGGUCAGAUUGGGAUGAUCCAAGCCUUGGGUGGCUUCUUCACAUACUUUGUAAUCCUCGCAGAGAAUGGCUUCUUGCCAUCCUCCUUAUUGGGGAUUAGAGUGAUGUGGGAUGACCGAUGGGUAAAUGAUGUGGAAGACAGCUAUGGACAGCAGUGGACUUAUGAGCAAAGGAAAAUCGUAGAAUUCACUUGCCACACAGCAUUCUUUGUCAGCAUUGUGGUGGUACAAUGGGCAGACUUGGUUAUCUGUAAGACCAGAAGGAAUUCUGUCUUCCAGCAAGGAAUGAAGAACAAGAUCCUAAUAUUUGGUCUCUUUGAAGAAACAGCUCUGGCUGCGUUCCUCUCUUACUGCCCAGGAAUGGAUGUUGCCUUGAGAAUGUACCCACUGAAACCGUUAUGGUGGUUUUGUGCCUUCCCCUACUCUCUCCUCAUCUUUGUAUACGAUGAAGUAAGAAAAUUAAUCCUCAGACGCAGCCCUGGAGGCUGGGUGGAAAAAGAAACCUACUACUAAAGGACUGCUGGACCAGAUGUAGUUGCACUCUUGACAUUCUUCCAUGCUUUUGUUCCUGAAAUGCAGGAAGAGGGAAGCUUUGGAGGAUGAAAGCAAGUGGAGAGUGCAAGAAGAAUAAUGGAAUGGAAAAAAUGGGUAGUGUUAAUAUAGUCCAGGCUUUGGGGUGGAAAAUACAAUAGUUUUUAACGUGCCUUUUCAGGUUUUUUAAAGAAAUGUUAAGAUUUUAUAUCUGGACUUUUACAAAUAAAGAUGGAUCAGAAGAGGAA